AUGACGGACACGGCGUCUGCCGCUGCCGCUGCCGCUACGGCUGACACGCAAAAGCGGGCCAACUUUUCGGCGUUGACAGUCGGUAAUCCGAACGGCGUCAGCAAAAUCUCGCCGAGCCUUGCGAACGCAAAACCAGGUUCCGCGAAGAAGCUUGUCAUCAAGAACUUUAGAAAUAAACCUAAAUUACCAGAAAAUUAUCAAGAAGAGACAUGGGAAAAAUUACAGGAGGCUGUGGUUGCCAUACAAACCAGCAAAAGUAUCCGCUAUUCUCUGGAAGAACUGUAUCAGGCAGUUGAAAAUAUGUGUAAUCAUAAAAUGGCAUCGACACUUUAUUCAAAUUUAACUAUUCUGACGGAAUCUCAUGUAAAAGCUAAUAUUGAGCAGUUUUUGGCAGAAUCUAUGGAUAGACAUAUAUUUUUGAAGAAGAUGAACGAAUGCUGGCAAUCUCAUUGCAGACAAAUGAUUAUGAUUAGAAGCAUCUUUCUAUAUCUUGAUAGGACAUAUGUUUUACAAAAUCCGAGCAUUUCAUCGAUAUGGGAUAUGGGAUUGCAUUUAUUCAGAUUACACAUUGUGUUAAAUAGUUUAGUACAAACGCGUACCGUUGAAGGUCUCCUUAUGCUCAUAGAAAAGGAACGACAAGGCGAUACUGUAGAUAGAACGCUUCUCAAAUCACUGUUGAGAAUGUUGUCAGAUCUACAAAUCUACCAAGAGGCUUUCGAAACGAAGUUUUUAGUGGCUACAGAAAGAUUGUAUGCUGCCGAAGGUUUACGAUUGAUGAACGAACACGAUGUUCCUGAAUAUUUAGCUCAUGUGGAUAAGCGUUUGCAAGAGGAGAACGAACGGCUGUUGCAUUAUCUUGAUACAUCAACUAAAUGGUCACUCAUACAUACUGUAGAAAAACAAUUAUUGUCCGAACAUAUUACUAGUAUUUUACAGAAAGGCUUAAGUGGGUUGUUGGAUGAAAAUAGAAUUAGCGAUUUAUCAUUACUUUACAACUUAUACAGUCGGAUAAAAAAUGGCCUUGUAGAGCUAUGUUUGAAUUUUAAUUGUUAUAUCAAAAAAAAAGGCAAAACGAUAGUUAUAGAUCCCGAAAAAGAUAAAACGAUGGUACAGGAACUUUUAGAUUUCAAAGAUAAAAUGGAUAAUAUAGUUAAUACAUGCUUUCAUAAAAAUGAAAAAUUUGCAAACAGCUUGAAAGAAGCUUUCGAGGCUUUUAUUAAUCAAAGAGCAAACAAACCAGCAGAAUUAAUAGCUAAAUUUGUUGAUUGUAAGCUAAGGGCAGGUAAUAAAGAAGCGACAGAAGAGGAAUUAGAGAGAUUAUUAGAUAAGAUUAUGGUACUCUUCCGAUUUAUUCAUGGAAAGGAUGUUUUCGAAGCGUUUUAUAAGAAGGAUUUAGCCAAACGUUUGUUAGUGGGAAAGUCGGCUUCUGUAGACGCUGAAAAGUCAAUGUUAUCUAAAUUAAAACAAGAAUGUGGUGGUGGUUUUACUAGUAAAUUGGAAGGAAUGUUUAAAGAUAUGGAACUUAGUAAAGAUAUUAAUAUUGCAUUCAAACAGUAUGCAGGAAACUUACAGAGUGAAUUAGUGGCAAAUAACCUAGAUCUAACUGUAUCUAUACUUACUAUGGGAUAUUGGCCUACAUAUCCAGUGAUGGAAGUCACUCUACCGAUGGAGAUGGUACAGUAUCAAGACGUGUUUAAUAAAUUUUAUUUAGGAAAACACAGCGGUAGAAAAUUGCAGUGGCAACCGACCUUAGGACACUGCGUUUUGAAAGCAUGGUUUAACCAGGGCAAUAAAGAGCUGCAGGUAUCAUUGUUCCAAGCAUUGGUUUUAAUUUUAUUUAAUGAUAGUGAUAACCUUUCGUUAGAAGAUAUUAAAACCGCUACAAAUAUCGAAGACGGUGAACUAAGAAGAACACUGCAGUCCUUGGCAUGUGGAAAAGCUCGUGUUCUUCAAAAGAAUCCGCGUGGUCGGGAUGUUGCCGAUAAUGAUAGAUUCGUUUUUAACGCAGAAUUCACAAACAAACUGUUCAGAAUUAAGAUCAAUCAAAUCCAAAUGAAAGAAACGAAUGAAGAACAAAAAGCAACAGAAGAAAGAGUAUAUCAAGACAGACAAUAUCAAAUAGACGCUGCUAUUGUUAGAAUUAUGAAAAUGAGAAAAACUUUGACCCAUAAUCUUCUCAUCAGUGAAUUGUAUAAUCAAUUGAAGUUUCCUGUAAAGCCAGCAGAUUUGAAAAAGCGGAUUGAGUCUCUUAUAGAUAGAGACUAUAUGGAGCGAGACAAAGACAACGCAAAUCAAUACAAUUAUGUUGCGUAACCUAAAGCAAAUGCCAAAGUUAUAUUGACUUAUAAAAUUGACGCUAAUUUUUCUAGCAAAUUCAAUCUAUCACAAUUGGUGUUUGUCCAUCGUGAAUGUGAACGAGUUCAAACGAGAGAUUAUAUAAUCAAUCCGACUGUUCAGAUAAAGUUAUAAUGUGUGUGAUCGAAGGAAAAAGACUUGGUU